AUGGUUUACUGUAUUGCGUUCGGUUGCAACAACAAGGACGGAGAUUGCAAACGUGGUGUGCGCUUUCAUCACUUACCUCUUAGGAACAAGCCUCUGCUGAAACAAUGGCUGACAAAGCUUCGAUUACAGAAUCCUCCUGUUAGACGUAGUAGCUUGGUCUGCAGUGAACAAUUCGAACCGGACUGUUUUCAACGAGAUUUGCAAGCAGAAUUACUGGGAACAAAACCACGAAUUCACCUCAAGCCAGAUGCUGUCCCAACAAUUUUCACUUUCACCUCCAAACGAAAACAACGAUCAACAGGACAGAAACGAAGACACAAUCAGGCCCUUACUGAAGUAAUGAAACAACAUGCUAAGGUUGCUAGAGUGCCUGACUCUGAUGAUGAUUAUGAGCACCACCAAGAAAUCGACAAAGAAAACAAUACUCCUGGAUCCAAAGCACGUGAAUUUUGUGAUGCUUCAACGCAAUAUGAUCUUAGAGACCUGGCUGAAACAAAGGAACAUUCAUACUGUGUGUGA